AAUUUAGCGGUGGAUGAGAAUUUACCAACGCUAACCAGGACAGAGAAAUUCCAAUUCUAAAUCUGCCACUCAUUAAUCAUUGCCAAUACGCCCAUCUCUUUAUAAUCUUUAAAAUCGCCACCGCCACUGCCACUGCCACUACCACCAGCAAGUGAUCGGAAUCCUUAGCAGAAUUCAAACCCUAAAAUUUAUCUUGUUCUCAAUACCAGAAAUUCAAAUUCCCAAAACCCCUAACCCUAAUUCUUGUCCACCAUGCUUCUAUCUCCGGGUCAUUCACCACGCCAUCUCUCAUCUCCCUCUCCAGGUCCAUCUACAAAUUCCGAAAUUGCCCUCCAAACUUCUAACAAAUCCACAAUCACCACCACACCAUCAAACCAUAGAAAACGGGCCAGAGUGCUGGACGAGGAUACCUACGUUGCCGCAAUCGAGAAAAUCAUCGAACGUGACUUCUUCCCCGAUAUCUCGAAACUCCGUGACCGUCUCGAUUGGCUUGAAGCCGUAAAAACCGGAGAUCCAAUUCAAAUACGAGACGCACAAUUGAAGAUCAUCGAACGCCGUGGCAAAAGAGUAAAUAGUUCAAACUCUGAUGGCUCUACUCAAACUAGAAAUCGAAGUCAAACUCAAACCCCAGGUUCUACUUUUAUGCGCAAUCUUAAUCCUUUUGAUGAAUUUGAUAUUAUUAAUAGUAAUAAAACGCCGCGUAUGGAUAUGUUUGGUGAUAAAGAGAAGAGUGAUAAUAAUGAUGAGGCCGAUGAUGCUGUUGAUGAGUUUUUGAGUUUAGAUGAGUUUUUUAGAAGGUAUACAAGUGAGGAUAAUGAGAGCUUUUCGAAGAUAUUAGAGAAAGUGAAUAGGAAAAGAAAGGAGACUUAUGGGCAUCUAUUAGAAGGUGAAAAAGAAGAUGUUAAAUUGAUUGAGGAUGUAAAGAGGGAUAGAAUUACAGAUGGAUACGGUACGUCUGAUCAGCCAGUAAGUACAUUAGAAGGGUGGAAUUACACUGCCAAGAAUUUGUUGAUGUAUCACCCGGCUGAUAGAGGUGAGGUUGCGUUGACUGAAGAGGAGAGGGAGGUUAGAUUGAAGGGUUUAACCAAGGAAAUCAAUAGGUCAAACACACGGUUUCAUGGUAAAAUGUUAGAUUCUAGGCCGAAAGAUGAUGGUAGUGUUGAAGUGCUUUAUACUCCAGUAGUUGGAGGUACGCCUCUUCCUGUAUCGGGUAGACAUGGGGAUAAGGCGAAGAAAUAUGACUUGGAGGACCUGAGGAGGACUCCGAAUAAUUUUUAUAUGGAAUCAGGGAAGAAGGCGGAAAAUGGAUAUGCUUUUGUUAGGACACCUUCACCAGCUCCAGGGGUGGAUGAAUCUCCAUUUAUUACGUGGGGUGAGAUUGAGGGAACGCCACUGAGGUUGGAGAGUGAAGACACGCCAAUUGAUAUUGGUGGUAGUGGUGAUGGACCUCAUUUUAAAAUUCUGAAUCCACCUGCACGAGAUGUAAAGGCACAUACGUUGUCUAGGGAGGCUGCACGUAAAUUGAGGGAGAGGUCUAAGAUGUUUCAAAAGCCACCAUUGCCUUCUCCAGGAAGAGGGGGGAGUGCUAGUCCAAAUGUGCGCACACUUUCUCCUGCUGCACAGAAGUUUAUGAGGAAUGCAAUUUCUAAGUCUUCCUCUUCUGUUGACGAAUCUCUUCGUGCUAGUUACAGAGGAUCAAGCCCUGGAAUUGGUACUCCAAAGAGUGUUAGGAGUGUCUCGAGGUUUGGAAGAGAUGGAAGCAUGGGCUCCAGGUCACCAUCUGUGAGAGAGGAUUCUAAUCCUCCUUGGUAAAAAUUUAUGUAUUUUCAUUCUGUAUGGUGUUUCAAACUAGCAGGCAAUAGUUUCUUUUGGUAUAUGUUAGCAAUGUGCUGAACUUAUUGUCAUCAACAAUGCUUGUACAAUCUAAUUGGGUUCCCUCUCCUCUAUAUACAGUUGGUGACUGUAGUUAAUAUACAUCACAGGGAUUGCUAUUA